CGCUGACAUUUGACUGCAUUUCGCGUUUGUUUCAUAACUUCAUAAUUGGUGUCAUUUGUGUGAUUCCAGUGAAUGUGCUGUUAAUGUGACACUAAUUGGUGGACAAGUGUUGACUCGUGUUGUCUUUGAUCGUAAUCAUCGCACAAUUGGAUCCAAUUUGGAGGCAAUCAGUGACAUGCCAAUCGUGAUGACCACUAUUGCGGACAAUUGUCUCCUUUCUCUCCCACUCCUUACCAAGUCUUCAGACUUUCUGUCAUUUGAAUCAACUUUUAUUAAGAGAUGUUAUGAAUUGAAAGCAAUGUUUCAUUGAAUGCAGAGUUAAGCCAAGAAAUGACCGCAAAUUACGACGACUCGAACCGCUUCCUCGGGAUGUUGGCCGAAGUGGCCGUCAAGACGUUGAAUGCAGAACAGCAUCAGUCGCACCACUCGGACGCCAAUCCACACAAACGGUCCAAUAAAAAUGUCUUAAGUGUGCAACAAAUCCGGAAACUGUCGGACAAAGUAUUGGUCGAGUCUUUCAGCGAAUUGAGUUGCGAUGAAAUCCGAAGAAUAUAUCGAUUCCGAUGUGUAUUAAUGCCCGAAACGUGUGGACUCGUGUACGAGAGCUUUGCCGUUGAAGACAGGGCUCGCACUUUAAUUAGAGAUCAUCUCUUGGAGCACAUCCGCAACGUUGAGCCUAACUUCACGGCCGAGACUCUGAGCGCCAGAAACCGACGUCUUAAUGAUGGCCACAAAAUAUGGCGAAACAGUCACUCAAAGAGUCACAUAAAACCUGAUUCGCAAACGAAUAGAGUUUUGAAAAGCUCUUCAAUUAAGAGUCAAUUAAGCGAUGAAGACAUCUGUAAAGGUCGUGAAAAUGAUGAUUUGACUGCGAGUUCGUUGUCACCUUUGGAUCAGAGUUUAGAUGAUAUGCAAGAAGAGGAGAAUAACGAGAAGAGUUUAAUAACCAAUAAAAAUAGUCGUGAAGAUCACUGCUAUACUUCUCUGGAGGGACCCAAACAUAAGACCAUUAGUCCUAUGGAGAGAAGUGAUGAGAAUGUCUUGAAUAGCAUCAGGAAAUGUCUGAACCAAACGAAAGUGAUCGCAACGCCCGCCUUUCCCUUCAUUUAUGAACCCGUUUUGCCAAACAUAUCACAAGUUAUUGAAAUCGGUUCCACUCUUCAUAACAAUAAGUCUAAAACAAAGACAAGUUUCGAGACUUUAGAUUUGAGUCAAACAGUGAGCCAUAAUGUUGUCGAUGAACUCAAUGCAAAUGCAUUACAGUUGAAACGGUUGGCUCUGCAAUACAUUAAUGAUAUUCGAGUUAAAAAUAGGGGACAAACGGAUAAGAGUUCGUUUCGGUGUAAGAUUUGUAUCGACAAGACGUUCACUUCCCCGACAACAUUGAUAUACCACUACAGAAGUCACGCGGGGGUUAAGCCGUUCGAGUGCUCCCUUUGUAAAUCGACAUUCACUCGACAGCAUAGCCUAAACUAUCACAUGUUAAUACAUCUGAAUAAAUCCCGGUUCGUGUGCGACCAGUGCGGCCGCAACUUCAGACACCCCUCACAUUUCAAGGAACAUAUGCGCCGACACACCGGAGAGACACCCUAUGAAUGCAGCGAUUGUUUCAUUAAAUUCAAAACCCGAAACACAUAUAAACGGCAUUUGCAGACAAAGCACUCGAAAAUGCUGACGAGUAAAGGCAUCUUUGAUUUGCCGGACACUAACGUUCACAUCCGAAAGCCAUGUCCUCCGCGACGCAAAUAUGGCUUAGGAUUCCUUCACCAGAAUAUCGAAGCCGUGGCUCGUUAUGAGAGGGCUCAGGAGGAAGUGAAGAAUAAGUGUCAUAUCAUAGACGCCAUCGAUUCCAAUCACCUCAUCUUAAAUGACUUCAAUUCGAGUAAAAAUAAUUUCGAGAAAUUACUGCAAGCGGUGGCCAUUGCUGAGGAUAAUAACAGGACUAUGAUUACGUGAAUUUGAAUUGGAUUUAGUUUUAUUUAAUUACAUUUUGCGCACAACUUCUCUAUUUUUAACAU